AUGAAUAAACCCAAACAAAGACAAUUGAUAAUAACUAUGGAAAAUUUAAUUAUAAAAUGUUUAAAGAAACGUGAAAAAUGUUUUGAAUCCAAUUCUUGUCCUGAAUGGUUAUUAACAAUACUUCCAACACGAAUAAAAUCUCUUGAUACAAUCAUUGAUAAUGAACGUGAACGCGAAGAAAAAAACAAAGAUACUAUUGAUUUUAGUCCAUAUAAAUUAAUAAAAUCAAUUAAUUUAUUAAAUGAUAAUAAAUCAGCAAAUAUUUUGAAUAAAAAUGAAGUUAGAAGCAACAUUGAAUAUCCAAAUGAUAUGUCAUUUGAAAAUGAUUUAUUCGAAAAUUAUUCUCAAUUAGUUUCGACACCAUCAAAGCAACAAUUUAUUUAUUUAUUUCAUAAAUUAAAAGAAUUUAAAAGAGAAAAAACAAAAAAAACUUUAUUAAAUGAAAAGAAAAAAUUCAAAUGUAAAGAAGACAAUUGUUUUAAUCAUUCAAUAGUUUUAACAGAUUUUUGUAAAAGUCAUUUAAUAGAAAAUGAUUCAAAACAAAUAUUAUUUAUUAAGUGUAAUCUUUGCCAACAAAUAUCUAUUAAAAAUGAUAAGAAUAAUAUUCUUCAUUUUUGUUCUUAUAUUAAAUAA